AUGUUUUUUUUUUUUAAUUCUCCCUUCUUUUCGUUCGCCGAGUUACGCUUAUUUUUUAAAUGUCUCUUUAUCUUUCUUUCUUUCUUUAGUUGUCUCUAUAUCUUUCCCGCUUUUUCUUUUUUCUUUCUUUCGUUGUCACUUUAUCUUUUCCGCUCUUUCUUUCUUUCUUUCUUUCUUUCUUUCUUUCUUUCUUUCUUUAGUUAUCUCUAUAUCUUUCCCUUUUUUUUUUUUUUUUCUUUUUUCUUUCUUUCGUUGUCACUUUAUCUUUUCCGCUCUUUCUUUCUUUCUUUCUUUCUUUCUUUCUUUCUUUCUUUCUUUAGUUAUCUCUAUAUCUUUCCCGCUUUUUCUUUUUUCUUUCUUUCGUUGUCACUUUAUCUUUUCCGCUCUUUCUUUCUUUCUUUCUUUCUUUCUUUCUUUCUUUCUUUCUUUCUUUCUUUCUUUAGUUAUCUCUAUAUCUUUCCCGCUUUUUCUUUUUUCUUUCUUUCGUUGUCACUUUAUCUUUUCCGCUCUUUCUUUCUUUCUUUCUUUCUUUCUUUCGUUGUCUCUAUAUCUUUCCCGCUUUUUCUUUCUUUCGUUGUCACUUUAUCUUUUCCGCUCUUUCUUUCUUUCUUUCUUUCUUUCUUUUUUUCUUUCUUUCUUUCUUUAGUUAUCUCUAUAUCUUUCCCGCUUUUUCUUUUUUCUUUCUUUCGUUGUCACUUUAUCUUUUCCGCUCUUUCUUUCUUUCUUUCUUUCUUUCUUUCUUUCUUUCUUUCUUUCUUUCUUUCGUUGUCUCUAUAUCUUUCCCGCUUUUUCUUUCUUUCGUUGUCACUUUAUCUUUCCCGCUCUUUCUUUCUUUCUUUCUUUCUUUCUUUCUUUCUUUUUCUAUUUCUAUAUUAUCACUGUCUUGGUUUGUCGUUCUUUUAUCUUUCUCUUUCUCUUUCUUUCAUUUCUUCAUUCCUUACUGGUCCCUUUAUCUUUUACGCUCUUUCUUUCUUUCUUUCUUUCUUUCUUUCUUUCUUUCUUUCUUUCUUUCUUUCUAUUUCUAUAUUUUCACUUUUAUCGUUCUUUUUUCUUUAUCUUUAUUGUUUAUCUUUCUCGUUCGUUCCGUCUUUAUUUUGA